CAAAGUAAUGGAUGUCCGGUGGAUCGUCAUACGAUCCAUCUUGCUUGUUUUUUGUACCUUAUGCAGCCAAGCACAAGUAUAUUAUGUUUGUGCUCCAAAUGCCUUGCGAGUUGACUCCAGCGAAACCAUUGCAGUUGCUUUGGAAGAUGGCCCCAGUUCGAUGGUCAAAAUCUUUGUUCAAGAUCAUCCCGGGAAAAGAAAAAAUAUAUCUGAGACAGAAUUUCAGAUAACUGCAGGUAACCCAGAAGUUGUAAAGAUUCCAAUAUAUUCUGUUGAUUUACCAAGCGAUUUUCUAAAAGGACCAGAGACUAAAUACGUCAGUUUGAAUGUGCAUUCGGGAAGCUUCAUAAAAGAACUAAUUGUUCCUUUAAACAGGCAAUCUGGAUAUAUUUUCAUACAGACUGAUAAGCCUAUCUACACUCCAAAGCAAAGAGUUCAGUUACGUGUUAUUCCGCUAGGAGAAGAUGGUUUACCGUCAGAUCAACUAUUCACUUUGCAAAUUAAGAACCCGCAGAAUCUGAUUGUUGAGGAAGUGAAUCUAACUCGAAAAACUCGUGCUUUCUUGACCCAUAUCUACAAAUUUCCUAAUUAUCCAGCUCUUGGCGAGUGGUCUGCAACUGUUCGUUAUGGUCAUCAGCAACAGCAGAAUGCCACAGUCCAUUUUGACGUACAGAAGUAUGUACUGCCGACUUUUACCGUGGAAUUAAAAACGCCAGAAGUUAUUUUACCCACUGAUCGUAUCAUCGAAGCUUCCGUAACAGCGAAAUAUGUUUAUGGAAGGAUGGUUAAAGGCUUGGUUACCUUUAAAUUGGGUGUGAAAGGUGAAACACCGAAAACUACUUUUUUCGCUACAGUAGGACCUAAGCAGCUGGAAAAAGGAAUGUUCAGAUUACAAAUCAGCGUAGAAGAGCUGCGACUACAUAAGAACGUAGGCUGGUUUCCAGAGAUCGCUGGAUCUAGAUUAGUUGUAGAAGCUACUGUGGUGGAUGACGCCUCCGGAAACAAGGAAAACGCAACAGAUACGAGAGGACGCUUUUCCAACAGUCCGUACAUCAUUUCUUUUGACCGAAGUCUGAAAGAUUUUAAACCUGGUCUGAAGACUGUUUUUCAGGCUGAUAUCCGUUAUGUUGACAAUCGACCAGCACCUAGGGUACCUCUAACUAUAAAAGCAAAAGCUGAUGGCCAAGAAAUUGCAGCUCCCGAAAAUGGUGUGAGUGACGAAAACGGAAAAUUCCACAUUCAGUUACAACCCGAGAUGACGCAUUCGGAAGUUACUCUUACGCUUCAGACAAGUGAUCCAAAAUACGGGGAGCACCAAGCUACUGGAAGUCAUGUGCAGCGAAAAUUUCAAUCUCCCAAGAAUGCCUACAUUGCUCUGGAAAGAAGUGGUGCGGAAAUAUACAAGCCCGGCGAUACUUUCAAUAAGAUUGUGCAUCUGGAGCCCGAUGGAAUAGCCAAUGUCUACUACUUGGUGAAAAGUCGAAACCGAAUUUUAGAAACUGGUAAAUUGCGCACUGGUCGUUUCAAGGUACAGCAUUUGGAGUUUAAAAUCACCUAUGACAUGACGCCAUCUUUCAGAGUUCUCAUUUUCGCACAUCACGAAGGAGAACUAUUGGCAGAUUCGUUGAAGAUUGACGUAGAGAAGUUUUGCCGUCCCGAAAGUGAAGUAUCUUUACAAACUGACUUUCCUGAAGAUGCUCCACCAGGAGAUGCCGGAAAGAUCAUUUUAAAAGGAACAAGAUCAACACUUGUUGGAUUACUUGGCGUUGACGAGGCGGUAUAUGCGCUCUCUAAGAAAGAUCUUCUCACCAAGGAUAAGAUGUUCGAGGCAUUCUCCCGCCACGAUCUUGGGUGUGGACCUGGUGGUGGCCUUAAUACCAAUGUAGUAUUGGCUAACACGGGUGUUCUUAUGUCCACGAAUUUCUAUUCUCCCGGCCAAUCAAUAUCGUCUUGUGCGGAAGUAAAAAGAAGGAAGAGAGAAAUAGCUUCUGAGAUAACAAGCUCUUAUACAGGAAUGGAAAGACAGUGCUGCACUCUAGGAAUAAAGCGAGAUAAUUACGGACGGACUUGUGAGCAACGGACGGCGAUUGUGCAGAGAUACUUGGGAAGACACCAUGAAGAAUGCUCCAGAGCCUUCUUGCGAUGCUGCCUCGACGCUAAAGAUCGCAUAAGUGCACGCUCGAGAGUAGCCGUCGUGACUUCUUUGGGACGCAUGGGAGGUUUUGGCGAGGAAGAAAUGGAUUUCGUGUCCAUAGACGAAGAAGAGGAUGUCGAGAAAGAUGUACUGGUGAGAAGGGACUUCAAAGAAACUUGGAUCUUUCAUGACAUUACAAUCGGUGCUGAAGAGAGAGCAGAAGUUGAGCUUAGUUUGCCCCACAGCAUCACAACGUGGGUUCUAAGAGCCGUAUCUGUCCAUCCAAGCUUCGGAAUGUGCGUUUUGGAUCCUCCGGCCAAAGUGGUCUCCUUUAAGAAACUGUUCCUACAGCUUCAUCUUCCUUAUUCAGUGGUACGAAACGAACAGGUGGAAGUGCGGGCGACGUUGUUCAAUUAUGGAAACAUAAGGAUAAGGGCCGUUGUAUACAUGUAUGGGGUGAAGAACUUAUGUACGGGUACUGAAGAAGGAGAAAAGAGCGAAAGAAAACGUGUCGUCAUCGAGCCUCACAGCGCAGUUUCAGUGCCAUUCCCGAUAGUGCCCCUAAGAGAGGGAACUUUCCCCCUCAAAGUGGUUGCCUUAACUUCUGGUGAAAGUGAUGUGAUCCAAAAAGAUCUGCAUGUUGUGCCAGAAGGAGUUACAAAAGAAUUUCAUAUUCCAAUCACACUUGAUCCAAUGAACCGACAGAAAAGAAAAGACAAACGACAUGUCAAAUCAGAAUUUGUUUCCGAUUUUAUUGAUCAGUCUCAGAACUUGCAAGUGACCGCCAUAGAAUUACGCAUCCCGGAAGAUUUCGUUCCAGGAACUGAAAGUUGCUCGAUUACUGCUCUUGGUGAUCAAUUUGGCCCUACAGUGGAAACUGCUUUAAACGAUCCUGGCAGCCUCAUCCAAAGGCCACGAGGGUGUGGUGAGCAAAAUAUGAUUUUCUUAGCACCCACCCUUUACACCAUGAGGUACUUGAAAGUCACUGGAAAAAUGACUGCUGAAAAUGAGCAGAAUGGAUAUGCUUUCAUCCGACAAGGUUAUGGUCAUCAGCUAUCUUUUCGAAAAGCAGAUGGAUCUUACGCGGCUUAUCAACAGACACCUACCAGCACAUGGUUAACAGCUUUUGUGAUGAAAGUAUUUUGCCAGGCCAGCGAAAUGGUGCACAUAGACGAGCAUGUGCUUUGUGGGGGUAUUGAAUGGCUCAUUAACCACCAACAGCCCGAUGGAUCAUAUUUGGAAGCACGUCCAGUCUAUCAUGUAGACAUGAUGGGUGGUGUAGAAGGAAAAGUUCCACUGACAGCUUUCUGUUUAAUCGCUCUUGAAGAAUGCACUUGUGAUAAAGAGAAACUAAAUAUUGCAAAGAGUAGGGCUUUAGCAUUCAUAGAAGCUCAUCUUCACGAAGUUGUGGAGCCUUUACCAGUAGCUGUAGUUGCUUAUGCACUCUCUUUGUCGAAUAGUGAAUUGAAAAAAGCAGCCAAUGACAAACUCAUGUCCAUGGCACACUUUGACGAAGAUACGAAUACACUACACUGGAAAACGAGCGACUCCGCGAGAGACAUUGAAGCAGCUGCCUAUGGAUUGCUCAACCAAUUACUUUUAGGUGAUAUGAACCGAGCGAUGUCGAUCGUUAAUUGGCUAAAUACGAAGAGACUGCAAUCAGGUGCCUUCCAAUCAACACAGGAUACGGUAAUGGCUCUACAAGCUCUUGCUGAAUAUGCUAUAGCAGCCAGAGCUCCACCUCUCAAUCUGAAAGCUAACAUUUCAUCUAACAAUGACAGGCACUUUCAAAAGGUUUUAUCAUUUAACGACGGAAAUGCUGAAUUGCUGCAAAAACUCAACGUGGAUAAAGUUGGAGGAACUAUUUUUAUCAAAACUACUGGUCAGGGUGUUGGAUCAAUGGCUGUCAAACUACGUUAUAACAUACUGAAAGCCCCAGAAAAAAUAUGUAAGUUUCAAGUGGUAGUGAAUGUCACAUCUCCAGACAAGAAGGAAGAAAUCAUGAAAGAAGAAGAAUUCGAUUUCGAUUUGAUGAAUCCAAGAAGAUUAGAUGUUUUCGAGCCAUUGCCUAAUGACCUCAUCAGGGGUGUUGCAAGUGCUCUGGAUAUUAAUCCGGAAGCUCCAGUUUUAGAAGAGGAUCCCCGAGAUCGAGGGAAAAAGAGAGCUACACUGAAUGCCAUGCCCAAUAUAGGAAGACCACUUCGAGUUCGGAGAGAAGAUCAAGUCGAAAACAGUCAAGGACGACUUAAAAUAUCUAUCUGUUCAAGAUAUCUGGGAGAUAAAGAUGCAGGCAUGAGUAUUGUUGAUGCCGGACUUUUUACAGGGUUUGAACCAGAAGAACAAGAUUUAAAAGAUCUACAAGAUAUGCCCCAACAUUUGAUAGAAAGAUAUGAGAAAUCAAAGCGUGGUGUUGUGUUCUACCUUAAAAAAGUUCCAAUGGAUCAGAACUAUUGUUUUAGCUUUCAUGUACGUAGAGAAUAUUUUGUUUCCAAACCCCAAGCUAGCGUCAUCAAAGUGUAUGACUACUACAACCCAGACGCUUCUUGUACUGUGUUUUACAGCCCCGAAAAUAACAGCCCGCGGUUGCGCACGUUUUGUGAGGGAGGAGUUUGUCAAUGUGCUGAAGGUGGCUGUCCCCCGAAAAGUCCGUUUUCUCAAGUCAAAAAGGAUCUUCAAGAGGACAUGAGAGCACAGUUGUUGCAACUCGCUUGUGAUAAAUACGACUUUGUUUGGAAGGGUCAAUCUGAAGGAGAUGAAAUCGAAGGCGGCUUCCGAAAGAUUUCCUUUAGAGUUGAUACAGUCGUGAAAGAAGGAAUGGAAAAACGAGAAAUAAUAGAAGGAGAAGUGAAGGACCUAUUAGUGAAAGAAAACUGUGAAACGGCAGUUUUAAUCCCGGGAGCGACAUACCUCUUAAUGAGUAAAGAUGGCCAAAAGUAUAUGAACGACAAGAAUGAGAUUUGGCAUCGUUAUCUGCUUGGGAAUUCGACUGCAAUUCAUCUUUGGACGUCUAUUAGAGUGUCUCCAAAAAAAGAACUGCAAAAAGCUCUAAAAUCCGUAGUAAAAACACUCAAUACUAAAGGAUGCAAUCAGUAGAAUUAAAAGAGUUAUAAUUGGAAAAUGAAAUGAAAAACUGAUAUGAAAUAAAUAUAUAAUAUACAAGUGUAAAAGCAUACAGGCCUGAAUUGUUUGAGUUUAAUAUUUACUAAAGUAAUUUCUCAAAGAUGUAGAUAACAUCUACAACAAUUAGAAUCUCUCUUUUAAUCUACGUUUCAUGUACCAAAAAUAAAAAUUUGCUUUGUUUUACUGUUU